AUGUCUCUCUCCUCUCCGCACCACCCACCACCCUUGAGGUGCAUCCAUCCAUCCAUCCAUCCCGAUACAAACUGUCAUAUUCCUCCACCACAUCUCUCCUUCCUUCACUUCCCAUCGUCUUCUAUCCAGUAUUCUUCGCAGGGCACUCAACUUCCCUUCCGGAACGACCAAUAUCGGAACGAAACCCCCAAAUCCAAACCCUGGCCUGCUGGCGCUUUGACGGCUAGGACCAAACGUGAGCAACGCCAUCAGUCACCUCCGAUAAACCGACCGCCUUCUCGUCCCAUCUCAUCCUGUCCCUUCCAGUCCCUUGCCAUUUCCCCACCCCGCGUUGGCCAUUUCGUUCCGCAAGGCAAUACCAGCUGGCAAGCACGCAGCAGCGAGCACCUUCUCGGUAAGCUGGGCAAGGCAGGCCAGGCAGACAGGCAGGUACACCGUACAGGCAACACCUGCCGCCGACCGACCUUGACGACGCACCCUACCUUACCUACCUUUACCUGA